AUGUUUAUAUUUGAGUCUCAAGAAUUUCAUGCACUGCAAAGCACGUCCUUCCCCAACCACCGGGACGGAGUGAAGGGGGCGGGGCGGGGUCAACCACGCUCGCGCACGCUGGGAGGAGGGCGAGCCGGACUCCCCCGGGCCAGACUGUCAGUAACAGCCCGGGCCACGCCGAGCGCGGGCAGCAGGUCUCCUUCCGGCCAGGAACUCGGGAGGAAACCGGGCUCGGCCAGAGCCGCUGCGGCGCGAGGGGUGAGUGCUUCACUCACCUUCCUCACCCACGACCGUGACCAGCAGCUGCUCCCGCCUCAGGCGGAGCGCCCAUGGCCCUCUCGGGACGCAGUCGAGCCGGAGCCGGCGCCCGGAAGUGACGCCAUCAGACAGCGACAGUUCCUUGGGCCGCGCAGGGUACCGUGGCUGCGGCCGAGGGGACCUCCGGGAGGACGUCUCGUGCUCUUCGCAGAUGUGUGGGCGGCAAGUCUCUUCCAGAGUCACAGAAGUGCUUGUCGUGACGAGGAAUUCAGCCUUGAGAAUGCAGUGAACAAGCAUUUUACAAUGCAAGGUAGGACAGCGCUGGCAAACACAUCUGUCCCCUGCAGUGUGAAUUCGGCAAUUGAGCUACAAGGUUUGGGUGAUUUCUAAGUCACAAGUAAUUACAGAUUGUCAGGUUUGAGUUGAAGUCCUAGAAGAUGGGAGACAACUGUUUCGUGGACCCUAGAUUUUUAUUUAACACCAGGAGAGAAUGUCAAUGCACAGGAGCCAUCUCAGAAGAACCCACAAUAGUCAAAGCUAGAAGGCAACGAAGGAUUAGAAACAAAAGACUAACGAACUCAAGUUGCUAAUAUAUGUGACUGAAUAAAUGAGGAAGCAGAGGGGCUGUCUCCAGAUCUCUGCACUAUUGGCUGCUUCACACCUGGCAUGCCUGUACUCAGAUACCACCUUAGACAGGAUCUCCAAGGAAGAUCUUUCUGAUGCCAGCCUCACCAGUUGAAUGUUUCCUCCAUGGCAUUUAUCACUUCAUGAAAUAGACUGUAAGCACCUCCAGCAGGGAACUACUUUGUUUCAUUUAUAAACAGUGAUGCUAAAAUCUUGUAACAAGGGAAGUCCUCAUGUAUCAACUAAGCAAAUUUUUGAAGCUGAAAUAAACAAGCACAGAAAACAGGAGAAAAAAAUUGUUUUUGAAAUGUGUGCAUAAAUUUCAGCCUUCUGAGAGAAACUUUAA